UUUCCUCUAUUAUUUGGAAACGCACCCCAACACAGAGCGGAAGACAGACACAACGCUGAAGAAAACAAUGUAAACCAAUGAUAUUCUUGGAGCUACCUCAAGCACAUUUGAUCAAAUUAAACUAUAAUUUAUGAUAAGACCAUGCGAUAGUGUCAAUAGUUCGAAGUGGGCGGUGAGCUACUGUAGAAGCCCACUGAAGCGGCAGCGAGACGAGGUGCACCGCCUCUCGACCAGUCUAGACUGCCGCUGUCUCUUCCGUUUCUCCGGUGUGUUGUGGUUCGAAAGGCGAAGCGCGCUGCAUCGGAACUUGGUUAACUGUUCUUGAGACUAAACGUACGGGUUGUGAUCGAUGGCGGACCCAGAACCAUCACAACAACAUGAGGAGACGGAUCAGAUUGACGAUGCAGAGUUGGCAUUUAAAGGAAUAAACAUGCUGCUCAACAACGGAUUCAAGGAGAGCGAUGAACUUUUCAGAAAAUACAGGACCCACAGUCCACUGAUGAGUUUCGGAGCCAGUUUUGUCAGCUUCCUGACAAUUGGAUUCUAUUGGAGUGAAGAACAGGAAGAGAAUGCCAUGAUGACGUUUGAGGAGGAGAAGAUGCAGACAGCCUUUGAUGACCUCCGAGCCACGGAGAGACUUUGUGAGCGAGACAAUGCCGGAGUCAUCGAGACGAUCAAAAACAAGAUCAGGAGGAGUGACCCCCAGAGGUCAGGGGUGGCUAUAGUAGACCGCCUCCAGAGACAGAUCCUUGUGGCAGACUGCCAGGUGUACCUCGCUGUCCUCUCCUUCAUCAAACAGGAACUGUCAGCAUACAUCAGAGGAGGCUGGAUCCUCCGCAAAGCCUGGAAGAUGUACAACAAGUGUUACAGCGACAUUAGCCAGCUGCAGGAUUGCAGCAAGAAGAGGUCCUCUGACCAGCAGGCGUCUCCCUCUCCAUCCACUGACGAGGCCAACCACGGCGCGGCCAAGCUCCCAACCCAGAGGACCAAUGGGGUGAGCCCGGAGGCCCUAGCCCGGCUUAAGGGCUCGGUCAGUUUUGGCUACGGCCUGUUCCACCUGUGCAUCUCCAUGAUACCGCCGCACCUGCUGAAGAUCGUCAACCUUCUGGGUUUCCCCGGUGACCGUCACCAGGGGCUGUCCGCCCUUGCGUAUGCCAGUGAAAGUAAGGACAUGAAGGCCCCCUUAGCUACGUUGGCCCUCUUGUGGUACCAUACGGUAGUGCAACCCUUCUUUACCCUGGACGGCUCAGACACACAGGCCGGUCUGAUGGAGGCGAAGGCUAUCCUCCAGAGAAAGGAGCCCGUAUACCCUAACUCCUCCCUCUUCAUAUUCUUCAAGGGCAGGGUGCAGCGUCUGGAGUGCCAGAUAAACAGUGCAGUGACGUCCUUCCAAAAUGCCUUAGAGCUGGCUACAGACCAGAGGGAGAUCCAACAUGUUUGUUUGUAUGAAAUAGGCUGGUGCAGUAUGAUGGAGCUGAAGUGCGGUGACGCCUACAAGGCCUUUCAGCGUCUGGCAACGGAGUCACGCUGGUCCCAGUGUUACUACACCUACCUAACUGGAGUGUGCCAGGGAGCGUCAGGAGAUCUGGAGGGAGCGGCCGCUGUCUUCAAGGACGUACACAAGCUUUUGAAACGGAACAACAAUCAGAUAGAACAGUUCUCUAUGCAGAGGGCGCAGAGGCUCAGCAAACACGCCCCAUCCAGAGAGCUGUGUAUCCUGGCUGUGAUCGAGGUGCUCUACCUGUGGAAGGCCCUGCCUAACUGCUCCACCGCUAAGCUGCAGACCAUGAGCCAAGUUCUGCAGGAACUAGAUGACAUCUCAUUUGCUGGCCUGAAAAACCUGCUCCUUGGUGACAUACACAGAUGUCUCGGCAACAUGAACGACUCCAUUCAGUGCUUCCAUCUGGCUGCCAGAGAUGAGAUGGGCCAUCAAAACAACUCCUAUGUGCAGCCCUACUCCAUCUACGAGUUAGGCUGCGUCUUACUGGACAGCCCUGAGUCUGAAGCGAAGGGCAGAGCUCUGAUGCUCCAGGCCAAGGAGAACUAUGCUGGCUAUGACUUUGAGAACAGGCUCCAUGUGCGCAUUCAUUCAGCUCUGGCUUCCAUGAGAGAGGAGGUGACCCCACCCUGACCGCACCCUUUCUCGACCAUACAUCCACCCUAGCUUGUGUUGGGGGUAGGAGGAGCAGGAAACGGCUCCCUUUAGAGAAGCCAUCUUGAUCUCCACAGAACUGUGAUGGUUCACUGCAUUGUUUUUCAGUUGACUUGUGUUUGUUUUUUAUAAUGAAUGUGCCAUCAAGUUUGCAAUGUAUAGUUUACAGUAAGAGUUUCCAGGAGCGAUAAUGCAGGAAUAGUUAAGACUACUGGAGUGUGUUAGUGUGUUUUCAACCAGAUCAAAUAUGUACAGUGGUUGCAGCUGGGAGGCAAACGCAACUUUUACAGGGGCAAGUGUCUUUAUGGGGGAAAAUCUAUUUAAAUUCUACAAUCACAUCUUUAUUCUUUCCCAUGUGUUGGGAAAAGGUUCAGAUGCAGAACUGGGUAAGCCAUUGGGUAAGCCAUUGGGUAAGCCACUGGGUAAGCCACUGGGUAAGCCACUGGGUAAGCCACACUCCAUUAUAAAUUAAGCCGUGCCUAGGUUGCUGCCAGAUUAUGACCUGAAUGUCCAAAGUCCUGUUGCUGUUACAGUAGUAGACCAUCUGAAUGCACAAAUCCUAUGCUACUACUCAUCGCGUGGCCUUGUGGCACUGUAAAUUGGGGAAAUGUUAUACACAUCUUGCCAUGGGUUGCAGAGAACAUUCUGCAGUUUUAAAGGCCCAGUGCAGUCAACAUUUUUAUUUUCCUGUGUUUUAUAUAUAUUUCUACACGAGGAGGUUGGAAUAAGGUUGACUGUAACGUCUCUUCACAAUCCUCAAGUCAAGAACAGACUAUGGGAGGCGCACAGUACUACAUGGAGCCAUGGCUACAUGGAACUCUAUUCCACAUCAGGUAACUGAUACAAGCAGUAGAAUCCAAUAAAAUACACUGUAUGGGACAGCGGGGACUGUGAAGAGACACACACACAUACACAUGAUAAGGCAUGCACUCUACACAUGAUAAGGCAUGCACUCUACACAUGAUAAGGCAUGCACUCUACACAUGAUAAGGCAUGCACUCUACACAUGAUAAGGCAUGCACUCUACACAUGAUACGGCAUGCACUCUACACACAAUAAGGCAUGCACUCUACACACGAUAAGGCAUGCACUCUACACACGAUAAGGCAUGCACUCUACACAUGAUAAGGCAUGCACUCUACACACGAUAAGGCAUGCACUCUACACACGAUAAGGCAUGCACUCUACACACGAUAAGGCAUGCACUCUACACACCUACAAAUGGAUGUUGUAUUAGAUGUGAUAGUAGAAUAGUAGCCUUUGGGAACACACUUAAUGUGUUGUGAAAAGUUUUAUUAAAUGUAAUAUUUUAAAUUGUAUAUAAAAUGAAUGUUGAAUGUUUUUGGACCCCAGCAAGGCAGCAGCUAAUGGGGAUCCUUAAUACAUAUAAUACUGUGAACAUGAAGCUGAUGAUGAUAAUACCCUUUUAGUGUAAGAGCUGUUUAAGUUGUUGGCCUUCCAUGGUUACCUCACCAUGCGGUAAAUGAGUAAAUAAACCAAUAAGAAAGGGUUCCAAAUCUGCCAAUAACAGCUCAUGGUCAGAUUUCCCCUCCCCACUCUGACCACUCCCAGACAGCAGUAAUGAAAUUCUUUCUUGACAAAUUGCUCUUUAAGAAGCAAUUUUUGUUUCUUUUGGCCAUUUUUAAUUUAAAACAAUCACAGUAAGGUACGUAUUUGUUACCCAGAAAUGAUUUGAUAUUGAGAUUAAAAAUGGCUGCAAUGGAUAUUUUCUGAAAUUCUACACAUUUUGCCAUGGGGCGGUGAGAACCUUGCAACAACAAAAAAAUCAGUUGACCAGCUAAUUUCCUGCAAAUCUACUGAUUUUUGCUGUGGGGUGGAGUGACAUUUUUGCAGUUUUAAAGCUAAUUUCCUGGGAUUCUACACAUUUUGUAAUGACUUAUGUCAUGUUAAUAUAGUAUCUGAGUGAGAAUGACUAACAAAAUCAUUGUGUGCCCCCUGGAGGUCAGGGCCCCUGGGCAUGUGCCUGGUCGCUAUUUGGACAGGUUUAGAUAGCUGGCUAGACUAACAAGCAAUAAUUGAGUGACUGGAAGUGACCUACAUAAUGAGAACAAUUGCUGAUGCACAAUGACAUUUCCAAAUUGAACGUGGUGUAUUCUAUUAUUCUUACUCUCAAUAGUAAGUUGAGACCCCGAUUGAGUUCUUGAAAAAAGAUAUACAGUGCCUUCAUAAAGUAUCGACACCCCUUGAACAUAUUUUGUUGUUAUAUAGCCUGAAUUCAAAAUGAAUCAAAUUAAAUUAAACAUCUCAGCUAUCUUUUUUUUCUAAUUUAUUGAGAAUUAAAUAUAGCAUUUCCACCCCUGAGUCAAUGCAUGUUAGAAUCCCCUUUGGAAGUGAUUACAGCUGUGAGUCUUUCUGGGUAAAUCUCCAAGAGCUUUGGACACCUGGAUUGUACAAUAUUUGCACAUUAUUCUUUAAAACAUGUUCAAGCUCUAUCAAGUUGGUUGUUGAUCAUUGCUAGACAAGCAUUUUCAAGUCUUCCCAUAGAUUGUCGAGCGGAUUUAAGUCAAAACUGCAACUAGGCCACUCAAACAUUCAAUGUCGUCUUGGUUAGCAACUCCAGUGUAUAUUUGGCCUUGUUUUAGGUAAUUGUCCUGAUGAAAGGUGAAUUUGUCUCCCAGUGUCUGUUGGAUAGCAGACUGAACCAGGUUUUCCUCCAGGAUUUAGCCUGUGCUUAGCUCUAUUCAGUUUAUUUUUAUCCUAAAAAAAACUCCAUAGUUCUUGAUGAGGAAAAGUGUAAGCAUAACAAAAUGUAUCCACCACCAUGCCUGAAAAUAUGAAGAGUGGUACUAAGUGAUGUGUGGUGUUGGAUUUGCCCCAAACAUAACGCAUUGUAUUCAGGACAUGCAUGUUUAGGAAUAUAUAUUUUUUAAUUCUGUACAGGCUUCCUUAUUUUCACUCUGUCAUUUGGGUUAGUAUUGGGGAGUAAGUACAAUGUUGUUGAUCCAUCCUCAGUUUUCUCUUAUCACAGCCAUUAAACUCUGUAACAGGUUUAAUAUCACCGUUGGCCUCAUGGUGAAAUCCCGGAGCGGUUUUAUUCCUCUCCGGCAACUGAGUUAGGAAGGACGCCUGCAUCUAUGUAGUUACUGGGUAUAUUGAUGCACUAUCCACAAAGUGUAAUUAAUAACUUCACAAUGCUCAAAGGGAUAUUCAAUGACUUAUUUUAUAUUUAUUUUUUACCCAUGUACCAAUAGGUCCACUUCUUAGCGAGACAUUGGAGAUCCUCCCUGGACUUUGGUUGAAUUUGUGUUUGAAAUGCACUGCUCAGCUGAGGGACCUUACAGAUAAUUGUAUGUGUGGUGUACAGGAAUUAGGUAGUCAUUAAAUAAUCAUGUUAAACACUGUUAUUGCACACAGAGUCCAUACAACUUAUUAUGUGACUUGUUAACCAAUUUAAUCAUGAUCUUAUUCUGGCUUUCCAUAACAGAUUGAAUACUUAUUGACUCGAGGCAGUUCAGGUUUUCAUUUCUAAAAACAUCAUUCCACUUUGAUAUUAUGGGGUAUUGUGUGUAGGUCAGUUACACAAAAUCCAAGUUUAAACCAUUUUAAAUUUGGGCUGUAACUUGACAAAAUGUGGAAAAUAGGUGUGAACUUUCUGAAGGCACUAUUUAUUUUUGGGGGGUCUGGGGCCCCCUGGCUGACAGGUGCCCUAAGCGACUGCUUAUGUCUCUUAUGCCUGGAACCGGUCCUGUUGAUGGUCAUUGGCUGAUUUUCUCAAACUAAAAUAUGUUACAACAUUGUUACUAGUUUUUAAACAGUGUAUUGAUAUUUAAAGGGAAACAUGCAAAUUGGUUUGUAUCAUUGUACUUUAAUUCAAUAUUACUAGAUAAAUGACAUUUUCCUUUUGGCACUUACUUGUGGGUACAACAUGCACACUGUAGGUCUACUCUACUGCUGUAUUUUUAUAAACUGAAAACUGG